AUGGCUGCACAUUUUGCAAGAAGGCUUGAAGGUAAAGUUGCUAUCAUAACUGGUGCUGCUAGUGGCAUUGGUAAAGCUGCUGCAAGACUUUUCACGAGAAAUGGAGCUGAAGUGGUGAUUGCAGACAUUCAAGAUGAGUUGGUUCAAAAAAUUUGUGAAAAUUUGGAUUCAUCAUCAAUCAUCUAUGUGCAUUGUAACGUUACAAAAGAAGAAGACCUAAAAAAUGUGGUGAACACUGCAGUAUCCAAGUAUGGCAAACUCGACAUCAUCUACAACAAUGCUGGUAUUGUGGAUGAAAUAAAAUCCAACAUUCUUGAUAGUGAAAAAUCUGAAUUCGAGAAAGUUAUUAGCAAUAACCUCAUAGGUAUGGGAUAA